GGGAUUCAAUUCUAUUUAUGCUUUGUCAUUAUUGGAGAACUUAAACUAACAAAUUACAGAGAAGAUUGCAACAGAACCAUUACUUAUAUCAGUUUUACUGAAUACGAUAAUACUCUGUUAAUCGAUAAUACUUUUUUGCUUGACGAUGUUUAGAUAUGUUGAAGUCUAUCCCUGCCAUAUUUUCCUGUCAGAAUUUCCCUUUGGUCAUGCUAGGUAGAUGUUUUGUGAGUUGCAUUUAGACACAUUCAAAUGGAUCAUGUUGGUAAAAGUUGAACUGAAGAUAGAGGAUGAAAGCCAAGAUUCUUCUAUGUGCAGUAAGAUUUAUUUGUUUCCCUCCCAUACUGUAACUACCUCUUUAUAUGGAAGACAUUACUCUUCCUUUUCUUCCAUAUAAAAGUUGCUUCUAAAAAUUGAAACAAUCCCUGGAAUGAAUUUUCAAUUAAACUAGGAACUUGUCAGUCCUGUUCACUUUUCCUAGUGGAAACAUUUUCCAAAUACACAUUGACAGAUCUCAUCCCAGACAUAGUAUUUAUUAGUGAACACCAACAGAAAUUCCAUUAUAUACUGUCAGAAUAAUCCAUUAUUUUCUUCCCCAAAUACAGCCUUCUUAAAUGGCAUUCGCAAGUGGAUACUGGAGUAAAAAGGAAGUGCAUGGAAAUCCUCCAACUCCUAGACAUGGACAUGCAUUGGUAAUGGCUGGAAAUAUAGCAUUUAUAUUUGGGGGCUGCUCCUUUUAUAAUACUUCUGAUGAUCAACCAACAUAUUUCAAUGACUUCUACAUGCUGACAAUUACUCUGACUGAUUUGAUGUGGGAAAGGAUACCACAGGAUGGACACAUUCCUUGCCCACGACAAGGGCACUCACUUAGUGUAGUAAAAGGCAAGAUAUAUUUAUUUGGAGGUUGUUCAAGCAAGAAUGCUGAGUAUUGCCUUCCAGGAGUCCAUGUCUUUGAUCUUGAUUCUCUAACCUGGCAGAAGAUCUCAAUUAGUGGUCUUGCUCCUCAAACUCUUGAACACAGUUCAGCUGUAGUAGGUGAAAACAUCUUUGUCUAUGGUGGCAUGGAAGAUGGUAAAGCAGUGGAUGAUCUCUAUAUGUUCAACACAGUGUCUCACUGUUGGACUCCAGUGAAAACCUUUGGUUUAAACCCUGGUGCCAGGUCAGGCCACGCUUUUGCUGCCAUUGGAGAAAUCAUCUAUAUGUUUGGCGGUCGUUCCAAUGAAGAUGAAUAUUAUACUGAUGUGUAUGCACUGGACACAGUAUCUUUAAUGUGGCAAAAGUGUGAAGUAAAGGGAGAAAAGCCUUUCGGAAGAUCACAUCAUACAUUUACAGCACACAGUGAUAAGGACAUUUAUCUGUUUGGAGGAACUUUUGAGUUCAAAGAUGGCAAAAUGAUUUCAAAGAAUGAUAUUAUGAAAUUAAGUUUAGCUCGGAUGAAGUGGAAGAAGCCACUUUAUAUAGGGAUCCCUCCAGCUUGCAGAUGGAAUCAUGUUGCAUUUAUUCUCCAUAAUCAACUCUAUAUUUUCGGUGGAAUUAAUGGGAAAGAAUUCAAUGACCUCAUGGGAAUGAAAUUGAUAAAUCCUUCAGAGAGACAACCUUUUAUGAAAGAGAUUUUUUCAGAACUGGGAAUCCAAGGAAUAAGCAGCAGUUUUACACACACCAAAAUUCCUAAGAUGAAAUAUGAAUUGACAGAAUAUUCUUUGCUGCCUGCAUCAGUUUCUCCACCACCUUCAGUUACAAGAGAAGAGCUCCAGGAUUUCCAUUCUAUAUUUAGCCAAGCAAUGAAAAUGAUUACAAAGGCUUUUUAAUUAUUGGAGUCUGAAUUUCAAAAACUUCACAUGAUAAAAGCUGAACUGGCUCAGGCAACUAAGGCUUUUCAGCAUGAAAAAGAUCAAUAUGACAAAAACCUGAAAAACCAGCAGCAGGAGCUACAAGUGAUGCUAGAAAAACAUAAAGUCCAAAAUGAAGCAUGGCUCAAAGCCAGAGCUGAGGAGACUGACAAGGAAAGGAAAGAACUCUUCAAACUCAGAGAAGCAAUUCUUCAAGAUCAGGAAAGGCUGAGAGAUGAACAGCAAAGUGUUCAGCAGUGCAAUCAGCAGCUCAUUUCUGUAAUGCAACAACUCAAAGGAAUGUGAACCGUUGCUGAAUAAAAAAAAAAAACCUGAUCACACAACACAGCGUUGCUCAAACAGAUGAGCUGUUAUGUAUAGUAGGACAAAGAUCCUGCUACACUACCAAUUAAAUCUCGAUCUUGCUGAGGUUCAUUCAACCCUAGGAUGCUGGUUUCAUUAAAUUCCCAAUUGCUUUAAAAUACAUCAUAAAUUUUUGAUGUGCUGGUUUUUAAAAAAAAAAACAGAUAUGUAGACAAGAGUGCCUGAGGUGUUAAAUAAUGAGUAGGAUAAAUAUAUUGAAAUGUCACUUUGCAUUUUGUAAAAGUUUGGAUCAUGUGUUCCUGUUCACAAGGUGAGAGGCACGUGCAGCACACUUAAAAGGGGAAGGAACUUCAGUAGUUCAACCAUACUUCCAGUUUUUCUCCCCUGCUGAUACUCCUAGUUUUUCUUUUAAGAUGUGUCUAAAGAAUAUGCUAUCAUUUCUGAUUAUCAGAAUAAUGGUAACCAAUAUUUUGGCUUUGGAUAAAAAAUGGAUAUUAGGGUUCAGUUCUUAAAAGUAUAUAACAACCCUCUUCCCCUCCCCCAUAUAUGGUUAUUCAGAGGUCAAUCCCAUUGAGAUAUCUGUAAUGCUGCAGUAAAAUCAGACAUUAAAAUCAAAUCUCAA